AUGACCAAAAAAUCAAUCAGAUUAUCCGAUUUACCACCGGAAAUGCUGCGAUUAUUAGUGGAGAAAUGUGACUUCAUUACAAGACGCCGACUCCGCGCUUCCUCUUCCCUUAUGUAUCAACUCGUUAAUUCUACAAAACUAUACAUUCCAAUUGUAAAAAUGACGCUCUGGAAUGAAAAGACAGUAGUUGUGGAACUUACAUUCAAAGCAAAGUUUGGAGGCUAUCACACUCUACUAUUCGAAAAAAAUCAGAAGGGCGAAACACGAAUGGAGGCUGAUGAGCGAGAGCCAGUGGUGAUUGGAAACUCGGAUCCAAUAGACGAAGCGAUCGACUGGUUCAGACAGAUGUGUCUCCAAAAGAACGUGACAAUCGGACAGUUACACAUGGGCAACGUGAACAAAUUGACAGAAAAACUGCUCGGAGUUCUGGAGAAAAGUGAAUUUCCGUUAAAAAUCAAAUCGAUUUAUUGUACGAGAAUAAAAUCUGCUGAUUUGAUGUGGAAGGUUAUGGACUAUUGUGAUAAGAGCCUGUUGAGAGAGAUGAAAGUGAGAACGUGGAAUCCAAAUAAGGUUUUCGAAUUGUUUGGAAAGCAGGAUGAAAUCGUGAAAAAUUUUAAAAAGAUUGAGAUCGAGUGUUUCUGCAAUGUCUCCGAUGAAGACGUUCUAUCUCUCAACGCGUCUAUAAUCUUCUUGAAAUUCGAGAAUUUCACUGACGAUUUGGUCUACAAACUCAUCGAAAAAUUCACAAACAAGAGAGAAGAUGGAUCUGCAUUCUGUAUUGAGAACUCGUCAAAACGAAAAUUGAAUUUGAAAAUAAUUCCACCAGGAUUCAAGAUCAAGAAGACGACUAUUAAAAAUGGAUGCAAAGAAUUCCGCAACCAACUCAUCGACACCAGCCACCCGACCGUCUACCUCAGUGUCAGUGAAGAUCGAGUUCUCCUUCAGAUCGGAUACACCAAAAAAGUAAAUUUAUGGAAAAAGGCUGAAUACAAUCACGACACAAGCGAUGAUACAAGCGAUGAACCUAAUUCUUCCUCUGAUUCGGUCGAUCCGGAUGGCUCGUAUGAAGAGUCAUUCGAUCAAGAUUUCGAUGAAGACGAUCAAGAUGACGACUAUGAUGAUGAUUUUUAUUGA